AUGUCUUCAAGGAGCGACAUCAUAAGAUCUGCUCAAUCAAGUCUGAAACGACGCUCCCUACUUCUUUUUUCAGCAGAAAGAAAACAUACAUACGGUGUAAUUCUUCCGUUUCUUCUUUUCUCUGUGCCUUUUAUUAAUAUUUUUUCUCCCUCUUCUCUACAUCUUUUUCUUCCCUACUCCACUACUCUCUCUCUCUCUCUCUCUCUCUCUCUCUCUCUACUAACUUCUCUCUUUCUUUCUCCCUCGUCACUACACUUCUUUCGUCUACAUUACUUUCCUCCUUCCUUACCACUUUCUUCCUCUCAUUCGCACCACUUUUUUCCUCUCUUCCUCGUCACUUUCAAUGUUUCUUCGUUUUUCUUUAUCCCUCCAUUUCCAUCUUUCUUUGUCGCCACUUUCCUUCUUCCUCGACACUUUCUCUCUUUCUUUCUUUAUUUCUUUCGUUCACACUUCCUCCUUCUAACUUCCUCACUAUUUCCAAUUUUUCAUUCUCGUUACUUUUUCUUAUUUGACACUCACCUUUUUUCUUUCUUUUUUCUUUCGUUCUCGCCAUCUCCCUUUCUUGGAACUUUUUUUCUUUCUUUCUCAUCAUCUUCCAUCUUUCUUUCUAGAAAAUUUCCUCCUUUCUUUCUCGCCACCUUCCAUCUUUCUUUCUCGGAACUUUCCCCCUUUCCUUCUCGCUACCUUCCAUCUUUCUUUCUCGGAACUUUCCCCCUUUCCUUCUCGCUACCUUCCAUCUUUCUUUCUCGGAACUUUCCCCCUUUCCUUCUCGCUACCUUCCAUCUUUCUUUCUCGGAAAUUUCCUUCUUGCUUUCUCGCUACAUUCUAUCUUUCUUUCUCAGAAAUUUUCUUCUUUUUUUCUCGCCAUCUUCCAUCUUUUCUUCUUGGAAAUUUCCCCUUACCUUUCUCGCCACCUGCCAUCUUUUUUUCUUGGAACGUUCCUUCUUUCUUUCUCGCCAACUCCCAUAUUUCUUUCUUGGAAUUUUUCUUCUUUCUUUCUUAUCACAUUCCAUCUUUCUUUCUUUGAACUUUCUUUCUUUCUUUCUCGCCACCUUCCAUCUGUGUUUCUGGAAACUUUACUCCUCUCUAUCCCGGAAUUUUCCUUCUUUCUUUCUCGCCGCCUCCCAUCUUUCUUUCUUGGAACUUUCCUUCUUUCUUUCUCGUAACCUUCCAUUUUUUUUCUUCUCGGUACUUUCUUUUUUUUUCUUUCCCGCCACCUUCAAUCUUGCUUUCUUGAAACGUUCCUUCUUUCUUUCUCGCCACCUUCCAUCAUUCUUUCUCGGAACUUUCCUUCUUUCUUUUUCUUACAUCUUUUUGUCUCAGAAUUUUUCCUUCUUUCUUUCUUACACCUUCCGUCUUUAUUUGUCUCUUCAUUCUAGACAUUUCCUUUUUUUUUCUUUCCUCGCAUUCUUACUUCUGUCUUCCUCCCCAAUCUCCUUUUACUUCCUCGUCAUUUUCAUUCUUCAAUUUCUUCGUUUCUACUUUACUACUCUCUUUCCUUUUUCCUUGUCACUUUCUUUCUUUCUCGCUUUUCCUUCUUUCUUCUUCUCCAUUUUCUUUCUUUCUUUGCUUUCUUUUCUCAUUUCAUUGUAUUUCAUUUCUUCUUCUUUCAUCUAUUCUCGUUUUCUUCAUUCAUUUCGUCUCUUGGUUUUCUCUCUUUUAAUUCUUUUCUUCUUCAAUUGA